AUGGCAGUCUGCCCAGAGAACAUCGAUGAAUGGUUGCUCAACGUCCCGAAUCUGCUCGAAGAUGAGGGCUGGCAGCUUGGCCAUGAGAGCCCUGCUGGCAAACUCUGGAAACAAAGCUGUCCAUGGGGUGGGCAUCUCGUGAGGCUGUCCUGUGAGAAUCUCCCAGUCAACAACCUUGGGACCUGCCCCCUCUUCGUCCGACCGGAUCCUCGCAGCAGGUUUCUACAGGACCAUCCCGAGCUGAACGAAGAAGGCUUUAAGGUGGUGCAGCCACUUGGAUCUGGCGAGGCGACGGUCAUGAACAACGCCUUCUCGCGCUUCUUCAAGCUGUGCAACGUCUUCUUCUCCUUGCAUCGCAAGGAGGAGGAUGAUAGCCUAAGCUUCCACACUUUCCCACAAAAAAGGAACUUAUGUACAACGCGGUUCGGCACGACUAUCCGGAGAUGGGCGACAGUAUCCUGGUCGCCCGAGGUCAUCCGCAGCCCUUCUCUGGCUUCGCUUAUGGCCGUCGGCAGAAGGAGCCAGGCCUUGUGUCGAUUUCCUUGA